CUUUGAGUUUCCAGGCAUCUCCGUGUCUCCUCCGGCUCAGUCGCGCAUGGUGGUGUGAAGAGAGACGCAUUUGGCGGUUAUGGUCGAUCAACGCUCCUUUCAUCCUCUCAAGUGCAUCCGAGGCACGCGACGGCCGCGCGCGAGGUGAACGGAUCCUGUUUCCAUUUUUUGUAACGGAUUAAAAAAAAAGAGAGAGAGAAAAGAAAGAUGCGCCGCAAAACCUAACGAGCCCACAUCUUCACCAAUGUGCGUUAAAGAUGACAUUGGGGAUAUACCUAUAGCAGGACUGUGAGCUCGGCCAACCCUUCUUUGCAGGAAAAUGCAUCCCUGGAUUUCGUAUGUUUUGCUAAGUGCAGCGUCAGUGUGCACGGCCGACAUGAUUGGCACUUAUGGGGAGAUGUGUCAAAGACUGUGUGCCUGCGAGGAGAGAGAGGGGAUACUUACAGUGAGCUGCGAAAACAGAGGAAUUGUGAGUCUCGCAGACGUAACCCCGGUGUUCUUCCCCCAGUAUCAUCUGCUGCUCACAGGGAAUCUACUGAAAAAGCUGUCUGCCGAUGAUCUUGUCGAGUACAAGGGACUUACGAUAUUGCAUCUGGGAAAUAACGACAUAUCAGAGGUUGAAGCAGGAGCUUUUAACGGACUUCAGGGAUUAAAGCGCUUGCAUCUGAACAAUAACAAAAUUGAUGCCUUGAAGGAAGAGUUUUUCUUUGGCCUUGAAAGUUUGGAAUAUCUACAACUCGAUUAUAAUUAUAUCACCCAUGUGGCGCCCAACGCCUUCGGCGGGCUGCGGCAUCUGGAGGUCCUGAUUCUGAAUGACAACUUGAUAUCAGCUCUGCCGGUGAAUAUUUUCCAGCACGUGCCGUUGACUCAUUUGGACUUGAGGGGGAAUCAGCUCAAAGUGCUCCCCUACUCAGGUCUGCUGGAGCACAUGAACGGCGUUGUGGAGCUACAGCUGGAGGAGAACCCGUGGAACUGCUCCUGCGAGCUGAUCGCCCUCAAAACCUGGCUGGAGAGCAUAUCGUACAUGGCUCUGGUCGGCGACGUCGUCUGCGAGUUCCCAUUUCGGCUCCACGGCAGGGAUGUUGAUGAGGUCUCAAAACAGGAGUUGUGCCCGAGGAGAGCCAUCGCUGAAUAUGAGAUGCCACCCCUGCCACAUUUGAGCAGCGAUGCAUACUUCAGGACCACGCCAAGUCUUGUUACAGCUUCCUUCACUUCAUCGGGGAUCGCGCGGUCCUCAUCAAGACCCACCAAGGCACCUCGACAAUCUGGCAAAUUAAAAGCAAGACCCACAGCUCGCGUCCCGUCUAAUAAGCCACAAAAUUAUGGACAAAUCAUUUCAUAUCAGACCAAAUCCCCCGUGCCUUUAGACUGCCCGACUGCCUGCACCUGCAAUCUUCAGAUUUCAGACCUCGGCCUGAACGUGAACUGCCAGGAGAAAAAGAUUGAGCAUAUAUCUGACUUAAAUCCCAAACCCUACAACCCCAAAAAGAUGUAUCUCACUGGGAAUUACAUCCCUGUCGUGCGUCGAUCAGAUUUUAUUGAGUCGACUGGGUUAGAUUUGCUUCAUCUUGGCAACAAUCGCAUAGCUCGCAUACACGACAGAGCGUUUGGCGAUCUGACACAUCUGAGAAGACUUUACCUCAAUGGGAAUUUGAUAGACCGCCUCAAAGCGGACAUGUUUUACGGUUUGGAAACCUUACAGUUCUUAUAUUUAGAAUACAACGUCAUCAAAGAGGUUUCCCCCGACACCUUUCAGCACGUGCCCAAACUUCAGCUUCUUUUUCUCAACAACAACCUCCUGAAAACGUUACCAGUGGGGACGUUCAAGGGCCUGACGCUAGCCAGGCUAAAUCUUCGCAGCAACCACCUGCGCUACCUGCCAGUCAGCGGCGUGCUGGAUCAGCUCACGGCCCUGGUGCAAGUCGACUUGUUUGAGAAUCCCUGGGAAUGCUCUUGCACCAUCCUGGAGCUGAAGAUGUGGCUGGAGCAGCUCAGCACAGGCACGGUUCUAAACAAUGUCAUCUGUGGCUCGCCUAAGAAACUAGCCGGGGAGGAUAUGAGAUACAUUAAGACAUCUAAUUUCUGCCCUAAUAACUCUGAUAUACUUGCCUCCAUGAUCCCACCCUCGGAGGAGUCUUUCCCUGGAAGCACUAUCACCAUAGAAACAUCCCUGGACUCUGACACACAGUACAGUGCCAUCCCUUUAUCCGUGAUGAUUCUUGCCCUCCUCCUCAUGUUCAUCGUGUCUGUGUUUGUGGCCGCAGGAUUGUUCGUGACGAUGAAAAAGAGACAUCAGAAGAAUGAGAAUGAGCACAACAACUCCAUGAACGCUUGCAUCAGCUCUCUCAACAUGGAGUACGGCCUUUACAAGAAGGCAUCCAUCCCCAAAGUCAGGACGUCCGCUGGACACGUGUAUGAGUACAUCCCACCUCCCACAGACACCGCAUGCAGAACUGCCGCUCCCACGCCGACGGACAACAAAUCAGUGGAUGGAUUUAGGGACUUUGAUGAGUUGAGCGGCGCCUUUCUGGGCAACUCGGACGAGGAGGCCGUCAGUAAUGUAAUAAGCCCAGAAUACAGUGCCACUACUCCAGAGCCUCUUAACAAGCCGUCCACCCCUCACCAAGACGGCCCGUGUUACUACAGAGACGCACACGAGCCUGACAAGCACACACGCUACAGCAAUACGCUACCAUGCAGGCACACAGCGCAUGCAUCGAGUCAGUAUACCUCAGACUUUGAUGCAAGGCACCAGUACGUGCAGCCAGAGAGAAUACAACAGACAAUACUCUAUUGCACGGCACCAAGUACUGUUUAUGUGGAGCCCAACAGGAGCGAGUACUGGGAACUUAAGGCAAAGCUCCACAUUGAUCCUGAUUACCUUGAGGUUCUCGAAAAGAGAACCACAUUUACACAGUUCUGAGAGACUCGACCCCUGUCGGUCAUCGUGGAUGCAUCGAAGCAAUGGAUCUAUUUUAAUCAGGAAACCAUGUUUAAAAAAAGACUGACAAAACUAUUUUCUCACCUUUAUUAUGACAGAACAUUAACAGUAUGCAUUUCUGGGAAUCGUGCUUUACAGAAUUGAUUAAUAAAGGGGAACACUACUCAAUUUCAAAGCAUAACUUUAUCACGCUCUGUUUAAACAGUUUGGUUAUAAGUCAUAAACAAAAACAAAGAAGAGCCUGAUCACUUAUGCACCUUGCGAUGUGCGUUUAGAUAUUUUCUUCUAUGAUUCAUGAAAGAAACACAUUCACAAAUACCAAUGACUCAACCCAUCAUAAAAUACAUCCUGGAGCCGCCUCAUUGGCUUGAUGUGAGACCGAAGCUUUUACCAGUAAAAUUAGCUGUAUUUCCAAAGUGUCAAUGAAGCGUGUUCUCUUCCCAAAAUAAACCAGGUUUGUUUUGCAAACAUGUGCAUGACUCCGAGCUCUGUUUUUUUGUUUUUUCCCUCCUCAAAUUUAUUCACGAUGAAACUCACACAUGAGACUAAAACAAAUUAAUUCUGCAAGUAAAUCUAUCUGUGACCAGAGUGUAGGCGGGAACAAGAGUCGUGUGUGCCCACGCGUCCUGUGUGACGACAUGUUGUGCUCCAGUCAUGUACAGAGGUAUUUCUUCCCACAGGAAGCACAGCUCUGGGAUCAUAACAUUCUAACCAUGAGAUCAUGCAACAUAUUCUAAUGCAUUAUCUCAAAUCACAGCUUAUGAGGCCAGUAAAUCUCUUGUGCUCUCGUGUUUGCAGAUUUGGACAAGAAUAAUUAGUGUGUGUGCUAAAAAUAAACCGAAGCAACCUGCUGCUUGUACCACAGGGUAAUCUGUGAAAAUCAGUGGUGUUCCCCUGUGAGUCUCCCUCCACAUCUCCAGCACUUUUGGAUUAAAGACACGUGUUGUAUUGGUUUUGAACGUCAGUAUUGUAGCUGUUCACGGAGAUGUUGUAACUAAAAGAUUAUCCAAACAAAGAAAAAUAAGCUUUAAAUGUCCCAUAUGUCUGCAAAUGCAUUUUCUGGCAUUUUUACAUGAACACGCAGCCUGAAAACACACUUGCUGUCUAUAAUUCAUGAAGGAUAAUGAGCGUCUUCAUUCAUGCCACGACCAAAGUACUACAGGAAUCAGCUGAUCAGCGUAUGCAAACUUUGACACCCAAAAGAGUGCAUGAAAACACUAUCCUGUGUUAUAUUAAACACAUAAUACCACAUGCUCUCUUCGUUAAGUCUGGCUACAACUGCAAUUGUCAUCCAGUUACAAUGCAUCUGAUCACAUUUACAAUACAAUAUGAGUAAAAAACUCUCCAUACUCCUCUGUUUGAGUUUUAAAACGUUUAAAUCGUAUAUGAGCCUCAGGCUUAUGUAUACAUAUUUUAAAUGACUGCAUAUUUUUAUACAAACAAAUGUGGAUAUUGAUUUUUUUUGGCUGUUCUUUCUUUUCUUUCCUCCUUUUUCUUCUGGAAAGAAAAUGCACUAUUGACUUCUACAGGUCAACAACGAUGUCACUUUCUGAAAUGCACGCCAUGGUAACACGUGCAUAGAGCCAUAGAAGUAGGUUUGAUAACUGCAUACAAACAAGUAACACAUGGUAGAAAAAUAAUGUUGCACUAUGCAUAGAUAUAUAUAUAUAUAUAUAUAUAUAUAUAUAGAUUAUACUUAGACAAUCCCACAGCUCAUGCUUUUCUGAAACUUUAUAUGAUUUUGUACAUACUGCAUUGCAAUGAGAAACACGGCGUCAUUACGCAUCAUUGUUUAUCUCGUCUUUUCUCUGUGUGGUAUGAAAUCCGGCGGUCUCUCUCUCUUUUUACGGAGGAUUGAUAUGUGCUGCUACACAUGGGGUGCGAGAGCUUUAGCUGUUGGACUGAAAAGCACAACGAACGAAUAGCAGAAGCUGAAUGAGUGGAGUCAUGUUUAUGCAUGAACAUGUCCAAUGCUCCGAAAGGAAAGUAAGCACAUCAUCCAGUCAUAAUGCAGUCUAACCAAUUUCUGGGUCAAUACUGUAAGCCAAGAAAAUGUGACUUUCCCUGAGAGUUUAAUACACGGCGUGAAUUCACAUCCCAUGCAGUAUAAUGCACUGAGCCUGUCAUCUUAACUCAGCUAAUUAGCGGACAUGGUGUAUCUGGACCCUGUCAGCACGUCACCAAGUAUUGCACUGCAGCAUUAGUCACAGUGUUUAUCAAGGAUACAGUCUUGGUUUGUUGCCUUUCACAUUUCUCUGCCAUUCCGUGAUUAUUUUGUCACUUGACCCGUCUCUGCUCUCUGGAAAUUCCGCAGAACAAAUGAAAUGAAAUCCACAAAGUGAUUGCAUGGUGGUGUGAACCUGCACGGGGGUUUGGGGGCGAUGAAACGUGCUGCGUGUAGGAUUUGUUUUGUAUCAAUAUGUCGCUGUGAAGUUAGUGGUGAAAACACUGUAAACCUGCAAACAUGCGCAGGCACAUACACACCGUGGUUUUUGAAAUUGUGAACAGUGGCUGGUAUUUGGAUACUAGUCUGAACUCUGAAGUUGAUCUUUUAUAAUGUAAAUUUUGUACAACCAAACUAAUGCAGUAUGUAAACAAUAAAAUGUACCUCCGCCAAGGCCCAACAGCCCCUUUAAAUUCAAUCAAGCUGCAGGAUCCAUGAAUUAUUUGGUUAAUUGGAGAAAAUGUAAAAGACAGUGAAAAUAAAAACUCCUGGAUUUCAAAAUUUAAUGGGACCCCUCUUGGCCUGUUUUUCAUCCCUCCACCAAAUUUCGUGGAAAUCCGUUUUGUAGUUUUUGCGUAAUCGUGUUCUCAGACAGACAGGGGUGAAAACGUAACCUUCAUGGCGGAGGUAAUAACAAAUGUGUGCAGGACAAAUAAUUGCCUUUUGCAAUCAGAAAAAUCCUUCUGAGAAGAAUUUUAACAUUUUAUUUGUUUGCAAUUUUGUCAAGGUUACUGUGCAAUGGAAACAGUAUGCGCUGUAUAUAUAAGCAAUUUGUAUUUUUUCUUUCUUUCUUGUAUCUUUUUGUAAUUGAUGAAGAAAGUGAUGAUUUUUUUUGUUUUAUUUUAUCUGUCACACAUGAGAUUGUGAAUACUUGUAAUCCAAAAAGAAAUGUGACUAUCCUGGGGUGAUGCGCAAAAUGUUAGAUUUGCAAAGGAGAAGAGAUCCAGUCAGUGUCUUACUCCUAUUGUUUGUUGGUUUUCAUAUGAUUACAUAACACCGAUUUUCUUUUUUUCAAUGUCAACCUCUAAUUUGUAAAUAGAACACAUUCAUCAGCAUUUUACCAACUCGUGUCGGCUCUGAAAAAGAAAAAAAACCUGGUCUCAUAUUGCAAAGAAAACCAGUGCAACUAGGAAUAUGUGGGGUAAAUAUAUCUACAGUGUGUUGUUUCUUUAGCUGUUAGCUGAUGAAUAAAAGAUAUGCAUUCA